CAAGGAGCACACCACCAUACAGUCUGCUUUGGAUUACACAUUCACCAUCACACAGGGAAUAAAAUACAGGACGUCUACAGAGGAGGUUACAGCCCCAACAACAGUAGAGCAACAUGGGGAGUAGCAUGUCAUGUGUUCCUCAACACAACUUCAGGUUCUCCAGCAAGAGUUUCAUACGCAGGAACAGCAGCCGCUUGUUCCGUAAAAAUAAUCCCCAGGAAGGACAGGAGAAGUCCAACAGCAUCAUCAAUAUCCUCUGCACUGUCACCCCGAGGAAGGAAAUGACCCAUAAAGACCUGCAGACGAUCGAGAACGUUAAGUUCCCUUACGACCCGGUCCACGGCUGGAAGAAGAGCAGCAUCAAUGUCAAGAACUACGGCAGAAUGGUCCACCAUUCUAAAGUCCGUUUCCGCUUUCUCCACUGCCAGGAUGUGCAUGACUGCUACCUGGACCUUUUCCAGACACACCUUCAUUUCGUCUCCAACAACACCACUGGACUCACCUACCAGGGGACUCUUCCUCUGAAAGAGCUCACCAUCUGCAACCUGCAGGAAAACUGUAACUCCAGCCAACCCCAGGAAUUUGCAUUACAGAUCAACGGUGUCAGCCUGAACCCCAUCAUUGUCUACUGUUCCAACCAGGAGGAGAUGGACCUGUGGUUUGGCCUGCUCAAAGAACACAUCGAGAUCAACGGGGGCACCCCCAUUGCACCUCUCGAGACCUACACCAGGGUUAAGCAGAAAGUAGAGGAGAGCAUGGAGGGGAGAGAGGAGCUGAGGAACUCUAUCAGUAAAGAGCCCAUCUAUGAGUGGGAGGGUUCUCAGCGUGAGAGUCUGGGGCCCAUCACCUAUGUGACCAAAGUCCACCUUCAGCACCUCCCAUGCCAGGAGCAUAGUGACAGACUACUGGUGAUGUACCCCACCACUCUGAUCAUCCUAUCAGAAGAGUGCCACGGCCUGUUCUACAAGGGGAAACUUCCACUCAACAUGAUCACUGUGACCACACCCUGCCAGGACGUCAAGCCCAAUACCUUCAUGAUCGAAGGCAAGCUGAUAAACCCUAUCGUGGUGUCCUGUCUUGAUAAGAGGGAGUUCUGCGACUGGAUCCAGUACUUCAAAGCCUCUGAUGUCCCCGUGCUCAGUCCCCCGCCCCCCGUUUAUGACAUCAUCUACACCCCCACGCCGAGAGAGGCUCCGGAGUUUGACAGGUGGAGUGUGAACAGCCAGAGCCAGGGUCGGAACAGCCAGGGUCGGAACAGCCAGGGUCGGAACAGCCAGGGUCGGAGUGAGUCUCUGAGGCUGGGUCAGUCCCACAGUGGGCGGGGGUCAGGGUCUGGAUCCCACCACCUCCAGUUCCCCCCCAGACACGAGGACAACCCUCUGUCCCCAGGGUACACAGAACCCCUGUGUUACAGUUCCAGUCGGCCCACGUCCACCGAGAUGGCUCGCCUGGGAAGCCGCAGCAACAGCGUGUCAUCCCACACCAGGCCUGAGCGCGACCUCCGACCUUUGUCGCAGUGCUACUCCUCCCCGCAGCGCUGCUCCUACCUCACCCCUGAGGGGCCGGUGUACAACAUGCCCUACUCAGGCCUGCACUGUGACCGCGCCAGCACCCAACAGUAUCUGGAGAAGGCCCCUCUCGUCAAGUCCAACAGCUGGAGCACUCCACAGACGUCCCUGAAGUACGUGUCGCUUUCUGCCCCCCAACGGCACUCGGACAUGUGCGCCCCCCGGCAGCCCCUGUCGCCCCUGUAUGACGAGCCCUGCACCCCUGACAUCUAUGCCCAGGAGGAGGAGAGCCGGCUCAGGCAGCAGCCAGCGCAGUGUGUGAGAGGACCACCACAGCAGCAGCAGGACCCUCAUCUCCUACCCUCCUCCUUCCAGCUGCGCACCCCUCCCCUGGGCAAGCGCUGCCGGAGGAGUCUCGUACUCAUCCAGGGCCAGGGGCUGGAGAUGGAGGGCCCUCAGGGGCCAGACCAGAAAGCUAAGGCCGUCUCCAGACUGAGGCUGCUGCCUGCACCCAAAGCAGUGCAAGAGGAGAGGGUCUUCCCCGUGAUGCCUGCUAUGAACACCACCCAGAUGCUAUAUGGUUUCUCAUCAGAUCACAACUCGUACCUUGAGCCAGAUGACCAGCAAAUGGACUAUGACAACAUUUGGGAGUAUGACUGCAAUACUGGGAUGAUUCAGCCCAUGUCUGGAAUUUCGCCACACCGGACGGGAUUAGACUUCGGGGCCAGAGGCCUGGGUGCCAUGGCUACCAACCAGCAGAGAUGGUUAUAAAACCAAACAAUGGACUGGCGCUCGUCUGGACGUGUGCAAACAACAGAUCCCCAUCAGAGAGCCAUAAAAAAAACACUGUGGAAGCUCACUACUGCAUAUCAUGCUUGUGUCCCAAAUGGCACCCUAUUCCCUAUUCAGUGCACUGGGCUCCGUUUAAAAGUCAUGCUCUGUAUAAGGAAUAGGGUGCCAUCUGAGACUCACACCAUAUUAUCCACAAACCUCAUGAACAAUGUAUUUGUCAGAUAUUCAGUAGUCAGAAGAAUGUUUUAUGUGGGUGUGAUAAGAGUACGGUAUUUGUAUUUAAGCUGCACUACUGUACUGUAUGUUAACGCAGAUACACAUGAUUCAGCAAAAUCACUUUCCCACACAACAGUAUGAAAAGGUAGGAAACAGCCUACCACUGCCUGAUAUUGUAGCAUUAAUGAAAGUGCAAAAUGUACAUAGUUUUUAACCGUGGGCGCUUGAAAAUGUAUUUUUUCCCCCUACUGUGUGUAGGCUACUGUGCACUGCAUUGGGCUUCAUAUUUUAUAUUUUGUGAGUUUUUGUACUAUUUAUGAGCAUUUUCUUGAAUACCGUCCUGUUUCCAUGCUUUUUUAUUGUGUUAACUUUUUGAUUCGUAUACUAUAUGAUUUUUAUAUUCUAUCCUCAGACGACUUGUCUUUGGUUGUAAGCUGUAAAAAGCAUUCCACAAAGCUAAAAACAGCAACAUCUGUAUUAUUUAUUCAAUGUUCUGAAAUCACAAAGCAAACUUUGAGGGCUUAAAAGGACUUUCUGCAUUGUGCUACUACCUCUGCAAAAUGUUGCUCUUCUUUCUGUGGCUUGUUUCUUCUACUUUGUUUGAGGUGUUUAUUUACAAUAAAAAGGACGUUACAUUUCUCUUAUUCUUGCCCGAUGCUUUUAAUAUCAACUUGUACUGAUAAUAUUUUCUUGAUUAUACUUUUAUUAUUUUUAGUGAUGUUUAGUAGUAAGUAAACUGAACAAAAAUAUAAACGCAACAUGCAAAAU